UAAUUCGUUUCAGAUAUGUAUAUCAGGGACGUACAAGGCAAGCAGACUGAUCCAAAGAUAUGUCCAGUUAUUAAGAAAGAAUCGGAAUCUACGGCUUUGGUAGACGGUAGAAACGGUUUUGGCGCAGUUGUAGGAAAAUUCUGCAUGGAAGUAGCCAUUGAGAAGGCAAAACAGACUGGCAUUGCAAUGGUUGUAGCUCAUGGUUCAAAUCACUACGGUAUCGCUGGGAUGUAUACUUUACAAGCAAUAGAAAAAGGAUGCUUGGGGAUGUCAUUUUCUAAUACGUCACCGUUUAUGGUGCCUACAAGGGCAAAAGAGGCCGCCCUUGGUACGAAUCCUCUAUCCUUAGGCUGCCCAGGGGCUUCUGGGGACAGCUUCAUGCUUGAUAUGGCUACUACUGCUGUAGCUGUUGGAAAGUUAGAAAUCCAACGUAGGAAAGAAGAACCUCUUCCUCACGGUUGGGCUAUGAACGAUCAAGGUGAAGUGGAAACCGAUGCUUGUGUGGCCCUAGAUGCGAGAAAACUCAUGCCCUUGGGCGGUACUGAGGAAAACUCUGGAUACAAAGGGUACGGUUUGGGUAUGUUGGUCGAAAUAUUCAGUGGGAUUUUGUCAGGAGCUGCGUAUGGUCCAAACGUUCGAAAAUGGGGAGACUAUGGAAAAUUAGCCAAUCUAGGACAUGGAUUUAUAGCUAUUGAUCACACGUUCUUUGCACCCGGCUUCGAAGAAAGAAUGAGUGAUUUGAUGGACACUAUGAGAAAAAUGGAACCGAUUGAUCCAAGCAAGCCGGUCUUAGCCCAUGGAGAUAAAGAAUUACUGCACAUGCAUAAAGUCGAGCUAGAAGGUGGAGUUACGUAUGUGCAAAACCAGCAUGACACCAACGCAAAAUUAGCUGAAGAGCUGAAUGUAAAACCUAUGGUUUCCAAGAAUGUCUGUGUUGAAGGACAAACCUCAUGAAUACAUGAGAAAGCGAUAAAUUUAUUGUUGCGCUUUUAAUAUUUAUGAUUUAUAAAAAUUUUAUUGGAAGCUUUGUCGCAAAUACGAAUUACGCAAGUUUCUAUUAAAAAAGGAUGCCGCUGGUAGAUGGGUUUUAACUUUUCUAGAAUUCUUCGACAUAAGACUCAUAAAGGAAGCAAUGGCGUCUUACAUUAAAGGUGUAUGUAGAUAAUUCAUUUUUCGGCAUCACAAAAUCAAAAAAAUCAGUAUUGAAAUGCCUUUUUAUGUGAUAUUUUCCGUUGAGAAAACGGACAUUCCAAAAAUAUGAUUUAAGUACCAUUAUUACAUAAUUAUCUAAAAAAUAUUAAUGCAUGCAUUAGGGCAAAUCCGCCUCUGUCAAAUUAAGCCAAAUGUGUAGCCCAUCUAUUCCCUUGUAUGAAUUAUAUGAAUGGAGACAAAUAAACGUGUUCGAAAUAA